UUUUUUGGUUGUGGUUAUGUAGCUAAUUACUCACAGCGUUCAGUUUCCAAAUUUCUUGUAACAAGAACUGAUGAUAUUGCUAACAUCAUAAUACCUUUUUCGCUAUACACCCUAUUUGUUGGGUCAAAGUAUUAUAAUUACCUUGAUUUCAAAAGUGCAUAUUAUUAUUAA